AUGGCGGAAACCGGGGAAGAGGAAGGGUGUACGAUAAAUACACACCUAGGGGAUACGAAUGAUUCCUCCGCGAUUGCCAAACUUGCUUCUCCGCCGGGCUCCAAAUCCCAUACCCCGCCCAUUACUACAAAACCUCGAGCCGCUAUUUUCAAUCCUUCCCUUGACUCAACAAAACUUCGACAUAGACCCGGCUCAGAGUCUCUAAAUCCAGAUGCUCUUGCCCGUGCGCUCAAGGAUUUUGAAGAGGCCGGCCGCCCCCGGGAGAGAACACCAGGUACGAGCCCGAGUCGUAAACGGCAACGGGUUUAUGGAGAUAGGUUCAUUCCAAAUCGUGAAGGACAGGAUUUACAAGCUAGCUACAGCUUACUCCAUGAAGAUGGCUGCCCGACAACCCCAUCAAAAGUGAAAAAGAGAGCUCCCCAUGGAGAGCUACAUUUUCAAAAGACUGAAGAAGCAAAUCGCACAUACUCCAGAGUACUUCGAAGCGAAGUCUUUGGAGACACUGUCCCGCAACCUGAUCUACAUUCUCUAUCGCCAGAUCCGAUUGCUGGAUAUUCGACAAAAAUCCAUGAUACUGCAAACUCACGCACCCCACCCUCAUACAAAGCCGCUUCUUCAUUACCUCCCGCAAGCAUAACUCCCUCUACUCCCAGCAAGAACCUUUUCUCUUACGCCUCUCCUCGACAUAUAUCCGGAAACCCUACACCUUCUCGAACUCCUCGCAGUGGGCAUGGCCCAAACCUCAAUGUCCGAUCUGAACUUUAUAGUUUGUCCCCCAUUCGAUUCGAUAGCCAGCGGAUUCUGCAAAGCAUGCGCAAACAGCCGCGAUAUGUGAACAAAGUUCCAUUUAAAGUUUUAGAUGCGCCUGAUCUAGCGGAUGAUUUUUACCUUAAUCUAGUGGAUUGGGGUAGUAGUAAUAUACUGGGUGUGGGAUUGGCAUCAGCGGUUUAUAUGUGGGAUUCCAUGAAUGGCCACGUUACCAAGUUAUGCCAGCUGCAAGAUGACACCGUAACGAGUGUCAGUUGGAUUCAAAGGGGGACGCAUCUUGCGAUCGGAACUGGAAAGGGAUUAGUACAGAUCUGGGAUGCUGAACAUUGUCGACGACUACGAACAAUGACGGGCCAUACGCUUCGAGUUGGCGCUCUUGCUUGGAACGACCACAUCCUCACAUCCGGGUCCAGGGAUCGAACCAUCUUCCACCGUGAUGUGCGAUCUCCAGAUCAAUACCUACGGCGGCUUACAGGACACAAACAAGAGAUCUGUGGCCUCAAAUGGAAUACUGAGGAUGGACAACUAGCAUCUGGCGGGAACGACAAUAAACUCAUCGUCUGGGAUAAACUGAAUGAAACACCCCUUUUCCGCUUUUCAGACCAUGUAGCCGCAGUCAAAGCUAUCGCAUGGUCUCCACAUCAACAUUCCCUCCUAGCAUCCGGUGGUGGUACCGCAGAUCGAACAAUAAAAUUCUGGAACACACUCACAGGCCAUCAAAUCAAGGAGGUCGACACGGGAAGCCAAGUGUGCAACCUCGCCUGGUCGAAAAAUUCCGAUGAAAUUAUCAGCACACAUGGGUACAGCCAGAACCAGAUCGUUGUUUGGAAAUACCCCCGCAUGGAGCAGGUCGUGUCUCUGACAGGCCAUACCUUCCGUGUUUUGUACCUGGCCAUGAGUCCCGAUGGACAAACUGUCGUUACAGGUGCUGGGGAUGAGACGUUGCGGUUCUGGAAGAUAUUUAAUAGGAAAGGGUUUAAGGAUGAUGGAAGGGAAAGCAAAUACCACUCCUACGCGACUAUACGAUAGUUUGCGGAAGUUUUUUUGGGGCCCUACCUGUUUUUUGAUCAUUAAUACCUCCUCCGGUCCCUCCGAUUAACCAGAACAGACUCAAACUUCUCGCAUUCUGUGUUCCAUACUUCCUGUAAAUUUUUCUUCCAUUUUCCAUUCUCGAUCGAAACGAAUAUAGCCCAUUUAAUUUUGUUUCCUUUUCGAUUUGCUUGCUUCUUUGUUUACUGUUUUGAAACAGAAUCUUCGAAUCUUUGUUAUGCUUUUUCAUUCUUUCGACCUAUUUUGCCCCCUUUUCUUCUUUUUUCUUUUCCUUGGAGCAUUUCGGGCAAUUUUUCGAAGCGGCCCGCUACUGGAGAUCUUUUCAUGUCAUGCCUGCGUUUGUUUCAGCGUUGGCGAUGAUGGCGGAAUUUGGGAGGUGUUUCGGGGUGGACAAAUAAUGGCGUUUGUUGGCGUUUUGACUUUCUUUUUUAUUUCCUCUUACUCUCCACCACUCUGAUGUUUACGCUUGCUCUGCCCGUGAGGGCGAUCUUGUUUGUUGUUUGGGGGCUUUGCUUUGCGGGGCAAUCAUUAGAAUACGGCUUCAGGAAACGGAGAACGUGCAAUAGGGAUGGCAUAUGGAGGGCUAAAGGAAGGAAAGCGGAGGGAAUGUGAUGACGAGUUAUAUACUAUUAGUAUUUAUUUAUAACUGAAUUUUAACGUUGACUUGUUGAAAG